AUGGUUUCGCAGUUAGUCUCGUGUUUAUCGCAAUCAUCGUCUCUCUUCUGUUUAUCCGAUUCGCGGAGGUUAAUUCUACCGAAAACCCAUAACCGUGGCGGUUUGAGCCGGUUUUCUCCGGGAUUUGUUAGCCGCCGGUUAUUUACGGUUAACCGGAAGAAAUGGAGAUCGGCGUGCAUUUUCAACUCUGGGGAGGAAUCUGGAGGAGAGGAAAAGUUACAGGGAGGUAACUCAGAGUGGCCGAUACUUCAGAGAUGGGAAGUUCCAUGGGAAUGGCAGACAGUUUCGUUAACUUCACUUGCUUGUGCAUUAAGUUUUGUUUUGACAGGAUUAACCGAGAUGGCGGUCAUACCGUUUUUAGGAAUCAAUGUUGAGAAACUGAGCUUGGACGAAAAGGCGGAAAUUUUAUUCCUGGAUCAAGGCUUAACAACUGCUGUGGUACUGGCUGUCAUAUUCACCGUUGCCAAAACCUUCGAGCCACUUCCUCAAGAUAUUUUGCGCUAUGAUUUGAAACAACCAUUCAACCUGCAAAAAGGAUGGCUCGUGUGGAGUGGAAUCGGUCUGGUUGGUGCUGUUGGUGCUAUUGCGUUAACUGGUGUUGCUAUAUCCUUUUUUAGGACAGAGACACCCGAAAGAGAUGUAGACUCUUUGAUGAAGCUUCUCCCAUUAAUUGGAUCUUCAAACAUAAGCACCUUAAGCUUAGUGGGCAUAACUGGAAUCCUUGCUCCACUUCUUGAAGAGACCGUGUUUCGCGGAUUCUUCAUGGUCUCUCUUACCAAAUGGGUCCCGACCCCAAUAGCGAUCAUCAUCAGCUCAGCUGCUUUUGCACUUGCCCACCUCACACCCGGUGAAUUCCCGCAGUUGUUUAUUCUAGGAUCAGUUCUGGGAUUAUCAUAUGCGCAAACCCGCAAUCUCAUUACACCGAUGAUCAUACACGGUUUCUGGAACUCUGGAGUUAUAUUGCUGCUAACUUUUCUUCAGAUCCAAGGGUAUGACAUUAAGGAACUAUUGCAGGCAAACUAG